UAAAUUAAAGGAAAAAAAAAGGCAUCUAUUAUUGUUAUCACCUUCAUCAUCAUCUCAAUAUCAUUUCUUCACUUUCUUCCAAGGUUCAUUCUUCUUCUUCAUUCUUCUUCCUCCUCCUCCACAGAGCCAAAGGAGAAAGAAGGAAAGAAGAAACUAUGGAUGACACGUGGGAAAACAUGUUCCUCCAAACUGACGAACUGGACAGCUAUUUGGAUGAAUCAUUUUCAUAUUAUGAUUCAAGCUCUCCUGAAGGAGCACAAUCAUCGGCAGCAUCAAAGAACAUUGUUUCUGAGAGGAAUAGGAGGAAGAAGCUGAAUGAGAGGCUAUUUGCACUUAGAGCUGUGGUCCCCAAUAUCAGUAAGAUGGACAAGGCUUCCAUUAUUAAAGAUGCCAUAGACUACAUACAAGAAUUGCAUAAUCAAGAGAGAAUGAUUCAAGCUGAAAUAUCAGAACUGGAGUCAAAGAGGAGUAUAUUUCUUGAUUUUGAUCAAGAAAUAAGCUAUAAUUCCCAGCCAAAGAGAUCAAGAUUUGAGCAGACCUGUGAUUCUGCAGGAUCCAGAUCAUCUCCCAUUGAAGUUCUUGAGUUAAGGGUAUCUCACAUGGGAGAGAAGACUAUUGUUGUUAGCCUCACAUGCAGUAAAAGAACAGACACAAUGGUGAAGAUCUGUGAAGUUUUUGAAUCCUUGAAUCUCAAAAUCAUUACAGCCAAUAUCACUGCAUUUUCCGGCAGGCUUCUAAAGACAGUAUUCUUAGAGGCCAAUGAAGAAGAAAAAGAUGUUGUGAAGAUAAAAAUUCAAACUGCAAUUGCAGCUUUAAAUGAUCCAGACAGCCCUAUGAGCAUGUGAAGAGAGAGAAUGAGGCUCAGCAUUGUGAAUUAUCCAAGAAUGCAUCUAGGGAUAAUAGAUGUCAACAACAAAAUCAGUUUUCUUCUUGUCAAGUUUUUUACUGUAGCAAUUAGGCUGUAGUUUAGUUCCCUUUCAAGAAGAUGAGUGGAAUAAGUAAUGUGCUUUGGUUUUGUUGAUCUAUUUUUGUAUCUCUCUCGUGUGUAUAUAUGUUACACAAGUUUUUACGAAGGUCUGAUCUUUCUACUGUUUGGU